AAAUUUGGAGAGGUGUGCAACCGUUCAGGUUCUUUUGUUGGGUGAAUUUUAUUUGAUAAAAUUGGUUGAGUGAACUUAAAAUAAAAGAAUUUAACUUUCCUUGUAUCAAAUGCAACGGGAAAAAGAAAAGCAUAGUUUUGUCGGAACCCAGUUGAAGGUUGGCUGAAGACACUCAUUCACUAACACAGACGCUGAAGAUGGUGCUCAAGAUGAUGCGGUUUACUGCUUCUUCUUCUUGUUAUGGAAGCAGACUCAGAGGUAUGCCUUGUCCUCUUCAAUCCUCUCUUGUUGCUGUCGCCAACGAUUACUCAGCUACCUUUCACUCUCGGUCUGCGCAACCAGUCAAAUGUACAAAAACCCAACAACGCCAGCUUGCCAAAGUCACUAAUCUUGAAGAUGCCUUCAAUGUGUUCGACGAAAUGCUUCAAUGGCGUCCUCUGCCUUCCAUUGUGCGUUUCACUCAAAUAUUGAGUCAAGUUGCGAAAUUCAAACAUUAUUCGGCCGCGGUCUCGUUGAGUAACCAAAUGGGUGCGUCCGGAAUUGGUGCUGAUGCUUUUACUCUAGCUAUUGUCAUUAAUUGCUUUUGUCAUCUAAACCAAAUGGGGUUUGGUUUAUCUGUCUUGGGAAAGUUCUUCAAGCUUGGUUUUGAACCAGAUGCGGCCACCUUCAACACCCUAAUCCAUGGCUUUCUUCUUGAGGAUAGAGUGGCUGAGGCUGCCGGACUUUUCAAGAAAAUGAUGGAGAGUGGUAAUUGUAAGCCCAAUGUGAUUACUUUUGGCACGCUAGUAAAGGGCCUUUGCAUGAAAGGUAACAACAAUGCAGCUAUUCAGUUGCUUAAGAAGAUGGAAGAAGGAGGUUGCAGGCCUGACUUAGUUGUCUAUAGCACAAUCAUCGACAGUCUUUGUAAGGAUACACUACUUGUGGAUGCAUUGAACAUCUUCUCAGAAAUGGUAAGUAAGGGUAUUGCCCCGAAUGUCAUUACCUAUACCUCUUUGAUUAAUGGAGUUUGUAGAUUAGGGGAGUGGAAAGAAGCUACGAGAUUGUUGAGGGAAAUGGUGAGUAAAAGUAUCUUUCCAGAUGCGCACACCUUCAGUGUAUUCAUUGAUGCACUUUGUAAGGAAGGGAUGAUUGAGGAAGCAAACAACGUUUUUGAAAUGAUGAUUCAAGGAGAUAUUGAACCUAAUACGAUUACAUACAAUUCAAUAAUGGAUGGUUACUGUUUGCGAGGAGAAAUGGGCAAGGCGAAAAAAGUUUUUGAACUAUUGCUCAACAAGGGGUUCGUGGCUGAUGCUUAUAGUUAUAACAUAUUAAUUAAUGGAUAUUGUAAGCGUAAAAGGAUAGAUGAGGCAAUGGUGCUCUUUAAGGAAAUGUCUUGUAAGGGACUCUCUCCAGAUACCAUUAGUUAUAACACUCUUAUUGAUGGUUUUUGCAAAGUGGGGAGGAUACAGGAUGCACAAAACUUGUUCUAUCAGAUGAAAGCUUGUGGAGACCUUCCAAACCUUCGGACUUAUGCUAUUUUACUGGAUGGCCUAUGUAAAAACCAAAAACUUUCAUUGGCAAUGGAAUAUUUGAGAGAGCUGGAAGGCAAGAAGUUGGGUCUGGAUAUUGUGAUUUACAAUAUUCUUGUUGAAGGUUUAAGCAUAGCUGGAAAAAUUGAUUGUGCAAGGAAUCUCUUUUGCAGUUUAUCAUCAAGAGGACUCCAACCGAAUGUCUGGACAUAUAAUAUAAUGAUCAGUGGACUUUGUAAUGAGGGGCUGAUAAAUGAAGCAGAAAAGUUGUUUAAAGAAAUGGAAGAGAAAGGCUGUUCUCCAGAUAACUGCACCUAUAACACAAUUAUCCGGGGCUUUAUCAGUAACAAUGAGACAUUUCGAGCGAUGGGACUUAUUCAACAAAUGGUGGAGAUGGGUUUUUCUGCAGAUGCAUCAACUGUGGAAUUGAUAGUUGAUUUACAGUCUAAAGAUGAUGUACAUCCUGCUUUGUUGACAUUGAUUGAAUGAUCGUGAUGAAGUUGAUUUGCAUCUUUGAAAUAUGAAA